AUGGGUCGGACUACCCAAAGUGGUGGCCUACCGGCAACAUCACGUCGAAAAUCAACGCCUGUCAAGCGUGUACCUGCUUCAGCUACUUCAUCAAAAGCCAAUGAAAGUCAAACUAGACGCCAAAAAAGAUUUAAACCUGGCACUCGUGCCUUAAUGGAAAUUCGUCAAUAUCAAAAAAAUACUAACUUAUUAAUUCGUAAACUGCCUUUUUCACGAGUGGUAAGAGAAGUUGCGUAUGAUAUUACUAGUCAACACUUUUAUUGGCAAGUUGAAGCAUUACUGGCAAUACAAGAAGCUGCAGAAGCCUUUCUUGUUAGUCUUUUCGAAGAUACAAAUCUAUGCGCUAUCCAUGCCAAAAGAGUAACCAUUAUGCCCAGAGAUGUCCAAUUAGCUAGGCGCAUAAGAGGUCGAAACGACAUUUUAAAUUGA